UAGGUGUGAAUGUACACAUACAUUGCCAAUCAUGGAAGUCAGCAUGGAUUCAGCUGACAACAUGGCUGCGGCCGCUUCUGCUGCCCAAGACGAGCUGAAUCAACUUGAACGUGUAUUCUUGCGUCUUGGCCAUGCAGAAACAGAUGAGCAAUUGCAGAAUAUUAUAUCCAAAUUCCUUCCCCCUGUUCUUUUAAAGCUUUCCAGCACACAGGAAGGAGUACGUAAAAAGGUUAUGGAAUUGCUAGUUCACCUGAACAAACGAAUCAAAAGUCGUCCAAAAAUCCAACUUCCAGUGGAGACUUUAUUAGUCCAAUAUCAAGAUCCUUCUGCAGUCUCCUUUGUUACAAAUUUUACAAUAAUAUAUGUUAAGAUGGGUUACCCUCGUUUGCCUGUGGAAAAGCAAUGUGAAUUGGCACCCACUCUCCUUACUGCAAUGGAAGGAAAACCUCAACCCCAACAAGACAGCCUAAUGCAUCUUCUAAUACCAACACUUUUUAACAUGAAAUAUCCUGUUGAACCUCUGAAAGCAGCUUCUCCAUUUAAUCUUGCUGAAAAACCAAAGACUGUACAACUGCUGUUGGAUUUUAUGUUGGAUGUUCUCCUUAUGCCUUAUGGAUAUGUAUUAAAUGAAUCCCAGAGUCGCCAAGCUGUUCCAGGGGGACAGGGUUCCUCUUCAUCAAGUACUUCUGGAGGUUCUGGGAUCCCUCAGCCUCCUCCGGGAAUGAGCUUUUAUGCAGCUAAGCGGGUUAUUGGAGAUAGUCCAUGGACACCUGAGCAGCUGGAACAGUGUAAAUUGGGUAUUGUAAAGUUCAUUGAAGCUGAGCAGGUGCCUGAACUUGAAGCUGUCAUACAUUUGGUUAUUGCCUCUAGUGAUACACGGCACAGUGUAGCCACUGCAGCAGAUCUUGAACUCAAAAGCAAGCAAAGUUUAAUUGACUGGAAUAACCCAGUCAUCAUCAACAAGCUGUACAAAGUAUACCUUGGGGAUAUACCACUAAAAACUAAGGAGGGAGCUGUUCUGAAACCAGAACUGAAACGUGAUCCUGUCAGUACUCGGGUGAAGUUAAAGAUUGUCCCUCAUCUUUUGCGUUCCAGGCAAGCUGCAGAAACAUUUCCUGCAAAUAUUCAGGUUGUCUAUGAUGGGCUUUUUGGUGCAAAUGCCAAUGCUAAACUGAGAACUCUGUCUCUUCAAUUUGUGCAUCAUAUUUGUGUGAUUUGCCCUGACAGCAAGAUAAAACCAUUAGGCCCGAUGCUUUUGAAUGGACUGACAAAACUGAUAAAUGAAUAUAAAGAGGAUCCCAAACUGCUUUCAAUGGCCUAUUCUGCUGUUGGAAAACUUUCCAGCCGAAUACCUCAAUUGUUUACCAAGGAUCUUGCACUGGUCCAACAAUUUUUUGAAGCUCUUUCUAAGGAAGAACCUGAUACCAGACUAGCUAUUCAGGAAGCUCUGUCCAUGAUGGUUGGUGCAUACACCAGUUUAGAAGGAGCCCCUCGUACUCUUAUGGAGGCACUUGUAGCCUCUAACCUAAUCAAGCCUCAAGUCCAAGUACGCCAAGUAGCUGUAAAAUUUGCCAGCACAGUGUUUCCUUCUGAUCAUAUUCCUUCAAGAUACUUGCUUCUUUUAGCUGCAGGAGACCCGCGGGAAGAGGUGCACGGAGAAGCACAACGUGCUCUGAGAACAUUUCCUGGUAAAAAUGAAAAGGAAAGUGCUGAUAAACAGAUGCCUUCAUUUCCAGAAAUGGUCCAGUAUAUUCAAGAAAAGGCCUCUCACCGAAUGAAAACUCCUGCUAAAUACAUGACCGGAACAACAGUAAUGCCUUUCAACCCAGCAACUUUUGGAGAGAUAGUGCUGUAUCUCCGGAUGUGUCUUGCUCACAGUGCUGGUGUGGUGCCUACUUCUCAGAGCUUAGCUGAUAUGCAAGAUCACGCUCCAGCCAUUGGCCGUUAUAUAAGAAACCUCCUCUCUGGAAAUGUUAUAACAUCCUCAUCCUCAAAGGGAGGGGAAAGCAAUCCUGUACAGAUUUAUAUAAGUCUCCUUCAGCAGUUGCUCUCUGGUGUUGGAGGUUUGCCAGUCAUGUACUGUUUGCUGGAAGUUGUUUCAGUCUAUCCUGAAAAGCUAGCUGCAAGAUUUAUAGACAAGAUGGAUUGGAUAAAGAACCUUAUGAAUACUAAUAAAGAAGAAAUGCGGGAAUUGGCUGCUCUAUUUUAUUCAGUUGUACUUUCCACAGUGUCAGAAAAUGAAUUCAAAACAUCUGUUCAGCACCUGAUAAAAACAGCAAAGGACAAUCAUAAUCUGGAAAUGCAACAUGGAUCAUUACUGGCUCUGGGAUUCACAGUAGGACGGUAUUUGUCAAAAAGAAAAAUGAAAAUAGUAGAACUGCAUGGUAUAGAAGACCCAAAUACCAUUGUAGCACCAGAACAAGACCAGAUGAUAAAAUCAACAACAGAAACUAUAGGUUCCUUUUUGGAUAGUACAUCGCCACUCCUAGCCAUAGCUGCAUGUACAGCACUGGGAGAAAUUGGCAGGAAUGCGCCUUUGCCCAUCCCCAACGAAGGCAGUGGAUUUACAAAACUCCAUCUUGUUGAAAGUUUACUGGCCAGAAUUCCCUCUGGCAAAGAAAGCAAUAAGAUGAAAGAAAGAGCUAUUCAAACACUGGGUUACUUUCCAGUAGGGGAUGGAGAUUUUCCUCAUCAGAAGCUACUCUUGCAAGGAUUAAUGGAUUCUGUAGAGGCCAAGCAAAUUGAAUUACAGUUUACAGUUGGUGAAGCUAUUACCAGUGCUGCAAUAGGGACCAGUUCUGUAGCUGCCCGUGAUGCAUGGAUAGUAGCUGAAGAAGAGUAUACUGCUCCUCUUGAUAUGAAGAUUAAUGAUGUGGUUCCCUGGGUCCUGGACGUCAUUUUGAAUAAGCAUAUCAUAAGUCCCAACCCUCACAUAAGACAAGCAUCCUGUAUUUGGCUUUUAUCACUGGUGAAGAAGCUGAGUGCCCACAAAGAAAUUAAGUCACAUCUCAAGAACAUUCAAACUGCAUUUGUAUCUAUUUUGUCUGACGGUGAUGAACUCAGUCAAGAUGUGGCUUCCAAAGGUCUUGGCUUGGUGUAUGAGCUUGGAAAUGAACAAGAUCAACAGGAACUAGUUACUACACUUGUUGAAACGCUUAUGACUGGGAAAAGAGUCAAGCAUGAAGUGUCUGGGGAAACUGUGAUGUUCCAAGGCUCAGGCCUUGGCAAAACUCCAGAUGGCCAGGGUCUUUCUACUUACCAGGAGCUUUGUUCACUUGCAAGUGACCUCAACCAGCCAGAUUUGGUGUAUAAAUUCAUGAAUUUGGCCAAUCAUCAUGCAAUGUGGAAUUCUCGGAAGGGAGCAGCUUUUGGUUUUAAUGUGAUUGCUACCAAAGCUGGAGAACAGCUGGCUCCUUUUCUUCCUCAAUUGCUUCCUCGUCUCUAUCGAUACCAGUUUGAUCCCAAUCUUGGGAUUCGACAGGCUAUGACCAGCAUUUGGAAUGCACUUGUUACGGACAAAUCCGCUGUGGACAAAUACAUGAAAGAAAUUCUUGAUGAUUUAAUAAGCAACCUGACUAGCAAUAUGUGGCGAAUUCGAGAGUCGAGCUGUUUAGCACUGAAUGACUUGCUAAGAGGAAGACCUUUGGAUGACAUCGUUCAUCAACUUCCAGAGAUAUGGGAAACACUCUUUAGAGUGCAAGAUGAUAUAAAGGAAUCUGUACGAAAGGCGGCCGAGUUAGCCCUGAAAACACUAAGUAAGGUGUGUGUGAAGAUGUGCGAUCCAUCUAAAGGAAUUGCAGGCCAGAAAACCAUAGCUGUACUUUUGCCAUGUCUUCUUGAUAAAGGAAUGAUGAAUUCGGUAACUGAAGUGCGGACUCUGAGCAUUAACACCUUGGUCAAGAUUAGUAAAAGUGCUGGGGCCAUGCUGAAACCACAUGCACCAAAACUCAUCCCAGCUUUGUUGGAAUCCCUGAGUGUUUUGGAGCCUCAGGUCCUUAACUACUUGAGUCUGCGUGCUACAGAGCAAGAAAAGGCUGCAAUGGAUACUGCAAGACUCAGUGCUGCUAAGUCCUCCCCAAUGAUGGAAACUAUAAAUAUGUGCUUGCAAUAUUUGGAUGUGUCUGUUUUGGGAGAGCUGAUUCCUAGGCUCUGUGAACUGACUAGAAGUGGAAUCGGCAUUGGCACUAAGGGUGGUUGUGCUAGUGUAAUUGUGUCACUAACCACUCAGUGCCCCCAAGAUUUGACACCAUAUGCUGGUAAGCUCAUGAGUGCUUUACUUAGUGGCCUAACUGAUCGCAAUAGUGUGGUGCAGAAGAGCUUUGCGUUUGCCUUGGGACAUUUAGUUAGAACUUCAAGAGACAGCAGCACUGACAAAUUGCUCCAGAAGCUCAACAGUUGGUACAUGGAGAAGGAAGAACCAGUCUAUAAAAUGGCAUGUGCUUUAACGAUGCAUGCUAUUGGACGCUACAGCCCAGAUGUGCUGAAGAAUCAAGCCAAGUGCGUUUUGCCUCUGGCUUUUUUGGGCAUGCAUGAAAUUCCUGAAGAAGACAAAGCAGAGAAGGAGGAAGGCAACCUGUGGACUGAAGUAUGGCAGGAAAACAUACCUGGUACCUAUGGUGGCUUAAGGCUCUAUAUGGAGGAAUUGAUUGCAGUUACUCAGAAAGCUUUGCAGUCUCCAUCUUGGAAGAUGAAAGCGCAAGGAGCAGCUGCCAUGGCAUCCAUCGCAAAGCAGACUGGCGUUCUGGUGCCUCCACACUUAGGCAUGGUGCUCGCGGCUCUGUUGCAAGGUCUGCCUGGAAGAACAUGGGCUGGAAAGGAAGAGCUAUUAAAAGCAAUUGCCAGCGUCGUCUGUUCAUGCAGUGUGGAACUGCGCAAGCCUUUGCCCAACCAGCCCAGUGUGGAUGAUGUCGUACAGGCAAUGCUGAAAGAAUGCCGUAAAGAAAACCUACGGUACAAGAUUGUAGCGCUCCGGUGUACGGCUGAUGUGCUUAAGGCUACACAGGAAAAUAGGUUCCAGGAACUGACAGACAUAAACUUUCCAGUAAUAAAGAAGAAUUGUCCUGGGAAUGUAAGAACAAAUUCAUCACAGGACGAUGAUGAGGAUGAGAACGAAAAUGAGAAAGAACUGCAAGUUGAAGCCCUCCUCUGUGCCUUUGAAAGCUUAGGCAAAGCCUGGCCUAAAAACUCAGAAACACAGUGCUGCUAUCGACAAGAGCUGUGCAGAUUAAUGUGUGAGCGUCUGAGACUUGGUACAUGGAAAGUACAGCUUGGCGUACUCCAAGCCAUGAAGGCUUUUUUCCAAGGGUUAUUAUUGUUUGAAGCAGAACACUCUGACCCUGAGGCUUUGGCAAGAAUAUUGUUGGAAACCUGUUCCUCCAUCACUCACUCGCUAGAGAAUAAAAGUUACACUUCCAUAAGAACUGAAGCUUUAUCAGUAAUAGAGGUGCUGCUCACUAAACUUGAAGAAUCCAAACAGUGGGAAAGCCUGAGCACUGAAAGUAGAGAAGUCCUCAUUGGCUCUUUAACAGCAUUGACUUUGGACAGUAGGCCUGAACUACAAGAAAAAGCAUCUUUAUUAAAGAAAACUUUAGAAAAUCUUGAUUGAAUUGGAUACCAAUCAAGUGCCAUGUGAAACAAAGCAAGCAAGCAAAAAAAAAAGUGCAAUGAGCUCCGAAUUACAUAGAGGAAAAGUAAAGAUGAUUUUUGUAGCAUGCAUAAAUUCCCUGGCUGAAAUAAAGAACACCUUGAUUCUCUU